AUGGCUUCUCACCAAACUUCCAAUCUGCCGACUCGCACGCCAACCAAUGCCACCGACCCGGACGAUGCGAUUCCCGACGAGGAUAGCAGCGAGGUCACGAGACUGUUUCAUGAGCGUCUGUCCGCGUACAAGCACGCUUGCGGUUACCUCGAAGACUAUGUCGGUGCGACGGAGAAGAUGCAGCAUGCCCAUGGCAAGGAGUAUGAGAAGGUGCUGAAGACGGUCAGCCAUCCGCUGAAGGAAGGCCACCACUUCGAGCAGAACCUAGGCGGCAUAGCGGGCAUGUUCGACAAUCUCCGAACCAACACCCAAGGCAUCUCCAACAGCCAUUAUGAGACUGCUAAGGCAUUGAAGGGAAGCGUGCUGCCAAUAUUCGAGAGAUUACAUUCCGAGAUCAAGAACAAGACGAAGGAGCUCGUGAAAGGCGCUGGCAAAGGCGCAAAAUCAGUGGACAAGGCACGAAGUGUUUCACAGAAACACAUCGAACUCCUCGGACAACACACGGCGGCCUUCGAUUCAACUGGUGGCCACAUCAAGUCGACAGAGGACCCGUACGUCCUCCAGCGGCAAGUGUACCACCGCCUGAACAAGCAAGUCAUCGAAGAGAACAGCAAUCGGGACGACAUGAUUGCUGUGCAAAACUCUUUUGCGCAGUUUGAAGCGCACAUUAUCCAGACAAUCCAGAACGGUCUUUCGCAGUUCAACCAGGUGGUCACCCACCAAGCGGAACAGACACGCUCGAUGUACGGCGAUAUGGUUGGAACAGCCCAGCGCAUCCCGCCAGACUUCGAGUGGAAGGGCUUCUUGAACCGCAAUAACGCCAUCCUCAUCGAUCCGAAUGCACCGAAGCGAAGUCUAGAGCACAUCGCAUUCCCGAACCAGGGUCAUCGCUCCACUCAGCCUCUAAUUGCUGGCUCACUGGAGAAGAAGGGCAAGCUUUUGAAGAAGUAUGACACGGCUUUCUAUGUCGUCACGCCGUCCAAGUAUCUUCACGAGUUCGCAACCGACGAUGACUUCUCGAAAGAUCCAUCACCGGAACACAGCUUGUACUUGCCCGACUGUGAGAUCGGUGCUGUCGAUGGGAACAAGUUCACCGUCAAGGGCAAGGAUACAAGCAAGGGUGCUUUGAGCAAGCUGUCUCCGUCUUCCACAUAUCAAUUCCGGGCUCACACGCCCGAGGAUGCAAUGAAGUGGCAUCGCGUUAUCAGCUCUGUUGCCGGAGGCACUACGAACGAGAUGCCGGAGACCAGCGCUCCGAGCAGUCCGGUGAUGGGCAGGGGUGAGACUUCGUCCGCCUUCUCUGGAGGUUCCGAUAGCACUGCCACAAACACCUUGGCGGAGAAGGAGGCAGCUGGCGCCCACCACGGAAUCUCUACCGCGGACAGGGCAUAA